UCAUCACCACGCCUGUCUGAGUUGCAGAGCUUGGGCAGAUGCCGCGACCCGCUGCACAGCUCCACCCGCGGCGCGGUGAUCCCGGGCAUCACCCCACUUGCAGCGAGUCUCCGCUGGAGAGGGGCUCGGCGCCCGGCGGGGACUGCAGGCAAUGACUCAGGAUGCAGCCAGGGGCCACGACGUGCACGGAGGACCGCAUCCAGCAUGCCCUGGAGCGCUGCCUGCAUGGACUCAGCCUCAGCCGCCGCUCUGCGUCCUGGUCAGCUGGGCUGUGUCUGAACUGCUGGAGCCUGCAGGAGCUGGUCAGCCGGGACCCGGGCCACUUCCUUAUCCUCCUGGAGCAGAUCCUGGAGAAAACUCGAGAGGUCCAGGAGAAGGGGAUCUAUGACCUCCUUGCCCCGCUGGCCCUGCUCUUCUACUCCACUGUACUCUGUACACCACACUUCCCGCCAGACUCAGACCUCCUUCUGAAGGCAGCCAGAACCUACCAUCGAUUCCUGACCUGGCCUGUUCCUUACUGCAGCAUCUGCCAGGAACUGCUCACCUUCAUCGAUGCUGAGCUCAAGGCCCCAGGAAUCUCCUACCAGCGCCUGGUGAGGGCUGAGCAGGGCCUGCCCAUCAGGAGUCACCGAAGUUCCACCGUCACCGUGUUGUUGCUGAACCCGGUGGAAGUGCAGGCCGAGUUCCUUGCCGUGGCCGACAAGCUGAGUGCACCCGGACACUCGCCGCACAGCACCUACACCACCCUGCUCCUGCAUGCCUUCCAGGCCACCUUCGGGGCCCACUGUGACCUCCCGGGCCUGCACUGCAUGCUGCAGUCCAAGACCCUGGCGGAGCUUGAGGACAUCUUCACGGAGACUGCAGAGGCACAGGAGCUGGCAGCCGGCGUCGGGGAUGCAGUGGAGGCCCGCCAGUGGCUCAGGACCAAGCUGCAGGCCGUGGGAGAAAAGGCUGGCUUCCUUGGGGUCUUAGACACUGCAGGCCCUGGGAAGCUCCACACCAUCCCCAUCCCCGUGGCCAGGUGCUACACCUACAGCUGGAACCAGGACAGCUUUGACAUCCUGCAGGAAAUCCUGCUGCAGGAAAUCCGGCUGAAGGAACAGGAGCUGCUCCAGCCAGGGAUUCUGGGGGACGACGAAGAGGAGGAAGAGGAGGAGGAGGACUUGGAAACUGACGGGCAUUGUGCUGAGAGGGACUCACUGCUCUCCACGAGCUCCUUGGCAUCCCGCGACUCCACUCUGUCCCUUACCUCCUCCCAGGCCUCAGGGCCAGCCCUGUCCCGUCAGCUGCUGAACUCCUUUGUCUCGGGCCUCUCGGAUGGCAUGGACAGUGGGUACGUGGAGGACAGUGAGGAAAGUUCCUCCGAGUGGCCCAGGAGGCCUGGCAGCCAGGAACGCCGAGGCCACCGGAGGCCCGGGCAGAAGUUCAACAGGAUCUAUAAACUCUUCAAGAGCACCAGCCAGCUAGUACUGCGGAGGGACUCUCGGGGCCUGGAGGGCAGCCCGGAUGCAGCCCUACCCCUGCGGCGAGCAGGGAGCCUCUGCAGCCCCCUGGACGACCUGACGCCACCCCCAGCCCGGGCCCAGCGCUCCCACUCCCUGCCCCAGCCUAAGCUCAGCACCCAGCUACCCAGCUGGCUCCUGGCCCCUGCCUCACGCCACCAGCGCCGCCGCCCCUUCCUGAGUGGGGACGAGGACCCCAAGGCUUCCACGCUCCGGGUUGUGGUCUUCGGCUCUGACCGGAUCUCCGGGAAAGUGGCCCGGGCAUACAGCAACCUUCGGCGGCUGGAGAACAACCGCCCGCUCCUCACACGGUUCUUCAAGCUUCAGUUCUUCUACGUGCCUGUGAAGCGGACCCACCCCAGUGCCUGUCCAGCCCCUCACAGCCAGACGCCCCCACUCCCCAGAGACUCCCCCAGACACCCCAGCUCUGCAGAGCUGGGCCCAGCCCCAUGGGAGGAGAGCACCAAUGACAUCUCCCACUACCUCGGCAUGCUGGACCCCUGGUAUGAGCGCAACGUGCUGGGCCUCAUGCACCUGCCCCCUGAAGUCCUGUGCCAGCAGUCCCUGAAGGCGGAGUCGCGGCCCCUGGAGGGCUCCCCGGCCCCACUGCCCAUCCUGGCCGACAUGCUGUUGUACUACUGCCGCUUCGCCGCGCGCCCGGUGCUGCUGCAGGUCUACCAGACCGAGCUGACCUUCAUCACCGGGGAGAGGACGACGGAGAUCUUCAUCCACUCCCUGGAGCUGGGUCACUCUGCGGCCACACGCGCCAUCAAGGCUUCGGGUCCUGGCAGCAAGCGACUGGGCAUCGAUGGUGACCGCGAGGCCGUCCCUCUAACACUACAGAUUAUUUACAGUAAGGGAGCCAUCAGUGGACGGAGCCGCUGGAGCACCCUGGAGAAGGUCUGCACCUCCGUCAACCUCAACAAGGCCUGCCGGCAGCAGGAGGAGCUUGAUUCCAGCAUGGAGGCCCUGACGCUAAACCUGACAGAAGUGGUGAAAAGGCAGAAUCCCAAAUCCAAGAAGGCCUUUAACCAGAUCAGCACGUCGCAGAUCAAAGUGGACAAGGUGCAGAUCGUGGGCUCCAGCAGCUGCCCCUUCGCUGUGUGUCUGGACCAGGACGAGAGAAAGAUCCUGCAGAGCGUGGUCAGGUGCGAGGUCUCACCCUGCUACAAGCCAGAGAAGAGCGACCUUUGCACGCCGCCCCCGAGGCCCCCCGAUGUGCCAACUCAGGCCUCACCUGACCUCUGCUCCCUGCUCUGCUUGCCCAUUAUGACUUUCAGUGGAGCCCUUCCCUAGCAUGACCCGGGCCUCAGACUGAGCAGGAAGCCUAGGCGGCCGCCCUUGAAGCCUGCUCCAUAGCCAUUGCUCCCCGUGGAAAACUGAGAGGCCCUGUUCUGGGCCCGGGUCCUGCUGCGGGCCCUGCAGCAGGCACGGGGGCAAGGGCGAUGGUUCCUGGGGACUUGGGGCUUCCCUGCCACCUAGCCUCUCAGUUCCUCACGGCAGAAGGGUGGGCGGAGUUGACCGAAGCCCUGACCAUUAGCAUGGUCCUUUCUAGAAGGAGAUCAGAGACUCUGGUGCUCUGAGGCGUGGUUCAAGUCUCCUCGCCAGCCCUGGGCCCACCCUUACUUGGUCAAAGACUUGGGGAACCCUGUGUCUGGAGUUCGGUUCUGUCUACUCUGGGCUUGGGUGGUAGAAAUGUAGAUAAAACUUUUGUUCUCUGACCCGCAGUACCAUCCCCACCCCCUCAGCCACCCCCACCACCCCACAUCCACUUUCUCUCCCCCGGACCUGCAGAAAUAUAGCACUAACACUCGACCUGUCUACUGCCAGGACCUGGUGCAGAUUCUCCCCUGAGGGUCCGAGACCCAAGAGCCGAGAGGGACAGGACAGGCUCAGCUGCAGUAGCAGUCCAGUGCCUCCUAGCUAAACGGCCAGAGGAAGUUGUUUCACUUCUUUAGGCCUUCAUCUCCUCAGCACGAAACUCUGGGGGAUGAGACCUCCUUAAGGGUUUGAAAGAAAUUGCCUGCAAAGCCCCCAGCCCGUGCCGAGCUCACGGCAGCUGUGCGGUGAAAUGAGCUCCUUACCCUCUCAAUGUCCAUCCCCUCAUUUCUGGCCACUGGGAUACUCUUGGCGACGCCCCUGAUUCACUUCCUCCCAAAUCACACAUGAGGAGGAUCCGGACCAUAGGGGUGAGAACGGAUCCAUAGUAAGAGUGGCCUUGGUCGUGGUAAGGGGCUGCUCAGGCACCCGGCAGCCCUUCUCUGUCAGAGGCCCUUCUCAGGCCUAGGGUCCCUGCUCCAUCUCACUCUUCAGGCUGGUGCCCACGGUGCGCAGAAUCUUCCAUCCCCACCAGCUCACUGCUGGCAUGCAGGCAUCCAGGCGAGGUCUCAUAGGAGCAGAGGAUGGAGCCCAAGGCCUGGUGGGGGAGCUGGGACUGACACGUGGGACGCUGUCGGUGCACGACAGAGCAUAAGAGCCCUGCGUUUGCAGCUGCCGGGUGGAAGUGAUCUGGGAAGGUGGAAGCAACGUGUUAGGGCGGAGGAAGGGAAGGCAGGACCAGGAUUGGGUCCGGGGGAGGUGGGGAAUGAACCAUGAAGCGUGCCAGUGAAUCCUGAGAGCCCCUGCCUCCUGGUCAUCCCCUGAUCUGUCCUACUCGGAAGGUCCUGGGCUAAGAGGAGCCCAUGAAAUCCCAGCUCGGAGUGCUUGUGACUGGAGGGAGGUGAGCAGAGCCGCCAUUCCUCCCCCGGUUGAACCAUCUGUACUCGCUCCGGGCUCCAGAAGUGUCAGCUUUAUACCUUAUAUAUAUAAUAUACAUAAAUAUAUAUUAACUGCAGGAACAAAUGGUUGUACAACCAAUGUUUAGUACUGAAGAAUGAAAUUUAAUAUUAUUAAAGAAAAAUUCGAUUUUGUU